GUCACGCUAUUUGCGCAUAAUUUUGAAACUGAACGGACAAGCGGUGACGCUGCACCCUAGGUUUUCUUUAGAAUUAUUGCGAAAAACAGAUUUCACAAGCGUCCCUUUGUAAAUGGUAGUUAAAAAUCAUCAAAUUAAGUUCAUUGGAAAGUGAAAACAAGGGUUUUCAGGAAGCAAACGAACACACGCACACACACAAGUGCAAUCGCUUGGCGUCGUUUUUUUGGACUGUACGCGCUUAAAUACAAACAAUUUAAUUUAUUUGAUUAAAAUGGACAUUUCUGGUGGGAAUACGUCGCGCCAGCCGCCAAAGAAGUCGAAUCAAAACAUCCAGGUGUAUGUGCGCGUCAGGCCCCUUAAUUCCCGGGAACGCUGCAUCCGAUCCGCCGAAGUCGUGGAUGUGGUGGCACCACGCGAAAUCGUGACCCGCCACACCCUGGACUCCAAGCUCACCAAGAAGUUCACCUUCGAUCGUAGCUUUGGCCCCGAGUCCAAGCAAUGCGAUGUCUACUCCGUGGUGGUUUCCCCACUGAUCGAAGAGGUCCUCUCUGGCUACAACUGCACGGUUUUUGCCUACGGACAAACGGGCACGGGCAAAACGCACACGAUGGUGGGAAACGAGACCGCCGAACUGAAAUCCUCCUGGGAAGAUGAUUCUGAUAUUGGCAUUAUACCGCGAGCUCUGAGUCACCUUUUCGAUGAACUCCGCAUGAUGGAGGUGGAGUACACGAUGCGCAUAUCCUAUUUGGAGCUGUACAACGAGGAAUUGUGCGAUCUUCUGUCAACCGAUGACACCACGAAGAUUCGCAUUUUCGAUGACAGCACCAAGAAGGGAUCGGUCAUUAUCCAGGGACUGGAGGAGAUACCUGUGCACAGCAAGGAUGAUGUGUACAAGCUGCUAGAAAAGGGAAAAGAGCGUCGCAAGACGGCCACAACUCUGAUGAAUGCCCAAUCCUCUCGAUCGCACACGGUCUUUUCCAUAGUGGUGCACAUCAGGGAGAAUGGCAUCGAAGGCGAGGAUAUGCUGAAGAUCGGAAAGUUGAAUCUAGUGGAUCUGGCGGGCAGUGAAAAUGUAUCCAAGGCCGGCAAUGAAAAGGGAAUACGAGUCCGGGAGACCGUGAACAUCAAUCAGAGUCUUCUGACUCUUGGCAGAGUAAUAACCGCUUUGGUGGAUCGUGCUCCCCAUGUUCCCUAUCGCGAAUCGAAGCUUACUAGGCUGCUCCAAGAAUCUCUGGGUGGCAGGACCAAGACCUCCAUCAUAGCUACCAUAUCGCCGGGACACAAGGACAUCGAGGAGACCCUCAGCACUUUGGAGUACGCCCAUCGAGCCAAGAACAUUCAAAACAAGCCCGAAGUCAAUCAGAAACUGACCAAGAAAACAGUGCUUAAGGAGUACACCGAGGAGAUUGACAAGCUGAAAAGAGAUCUUAUGGCUGCCAGGGACAAAAAUGGCAUCUAUUUGGCUGAGGAAACGUACGGCGAGAUCACCUUGAAGUUGGAAUCCCAGAACCGUGAGCUCAACGAGAAAAUGCUGCUGCUCAAGGCUUUGAAGGAUGAGCUUCAGAACAAAGAGAAGAUCUUUAGCGAGGUGAGCAUGAGUCUGGUGGAGAAAACUCAAAAGCUGAAGAAAACCGAGGGUUCCUUGCUGCUCACUAAAAAAGUGCUGACCAAGACCAAGCGGCGCUAUAAGGAGAAGAAGGAGCUGGUAGCCUCCCAUAUGAAAACGGAGCAAGUGCUGACCACACAGGCUCAGGAGAUUUUGGCCGUGGCUAAUCUGGCCACCGAUGAUACCCAUCAUCUGCAUGGCACCAUCGAACGAAGGCGUGAUGUGGACGAGAAGAUUCGCAGAUCCUGCGAUCAGUUUAAAGAUCGCAUGCAGGACAACUUGGAGAUGAUGGGUGGCAGCUUGAACUUGUAUCUGGAGCAGCAGGCAGCCUCCAAGGAGCACCUAAGCCAGGAGUUGGUUAACUCCAACAAAGUGAACCAACGUAUGUCAACAAAUGCCAGCAAGAGCAUUGAAAUGCUUAAGGAAAUCUGCAGUCAGGCGCUAGGGGAUCAGGUCCAGCUGCAGAAUAAAUUAAUGACAGAGGUCUUGAGGAUAAACGAUCAGCAUGCUCAGACAUUUGUUGCCCAUCUGAUGCAGCAGUUGCAGCAGCGUCAGCUUGUGAUGAGCAAGGAAAUCCAGACGAGCCUUCAAGAGAUGGAGGAAAACAACCAGCGGCACAAAGCCAUGCUGGAUUCCAUGCAGGACAAGUUCAGCCAAAUUAUCGACAACAGCUCGCGAUCGCUGGAAAAGCAUGUGAAGCAAGUGCAUCAGCAGCUGGAACAGCUCAGUGGCAUGAGCUUGCCGGAUGCUGAGGAACUGCAGCAGCUGCAGGAGGAGCUGGCCAACGAGCGGGCUUUGGCCCAGCAGGAGGAAGCUCUGCUGGAGUCCAUGAUGAUGCAGAUGGACCAGAUCAAGGAGCUACGUGCCAAGAACAACGUAAGCAUGUCCAAACGCCUCAACAAGAUGGAGGAAAGCCGACUGACUAGAAAUCAGCGCAUCGAUGAUACCAAGUCUGGUAUCCAAGAUUACCAGAAGAUGGGCAUCGAGGCUGCUCAAUCCGCUCAAGCGGAGCUCAGCAGCCAGAUGGAGACGGGAAUGCAGUGCCUGGACCAAGGCGUUGCCAACUGCUCUAUGCUCCAGGUGCACAUGAAAAACCUCGGCCAGGAAUAUGCCCAGCAAACGGAUGAAAAUGUGGGCUCAAGUCGCCUGCACCACUCGCAGGUGGAGUUUGCCUGCCAAGACAGCAAAUCUCAGCUGGUGGUCUUGGAAGAGAAGUGCCAAGCUAAUCUGGAGCAGAUCUUGGCGGAGGGACAGAAGCUUAACACCGAGGAGAGGCAGCGUUUCAUUGGCCAUUCCACAGUGGCCACCGAUCUUGUGCAGGAGUUGACGCGGCAAACCACCGAGCAUGCCGCACUUCAGCGACAGCAGUUGCAGACUUGCGAGCAGGAGAUUGUGCGGUUCCAACAGAACGAGUUGAAAACAUAUACGCCCACCGGCACAACGCCCUCCAAAAGGGACUUUAUCUAUCCACGCACUCUGGUGGCCACGUCGCCGCAUCAGGAGAUUGUGAAGCGCUAUCGCCAGGAGCACGAUUGGUCGGAUCUGGACACCACUGCCCCCAUAGAUGAGUGCAGCGAGGGAGAGCAUGAUGAAUCCCUGCAAUCCGUACAGGAGCUGUCUGACACGGAAACCAUAAUGAACUCCACACCCAUUGAGAACGUGGAUGGUGUCACCAUAAGGCGAGGCCCUAGCACCACUCGAAACUCCAACUCGAAUGCUCUGAAGCCACCCGUAAUUGGUGGCAAGAGGAGCAACUCCUUGUCCCGCUCCCUUACGCCCAAUAAAUCAUCGCCUCGAAAUUCCCCCGCCUUCAACAGGCACAACAAAGAAAACGUGGCCUGAUUGCAUCGAUGACAAUUGUACUCUCAACCCAGUAACUCGUUUGUGUUAGUGGAAUUCGGAUCGUUUUGUUUGUUUCGCUCUUCUGGAUAUUCUCUUUAAUCUGUAUAUCAAUCUUUGGAAUUUCGUACAUUUAUCAUUUAAAUAAACUUAGUAUGCUAUGUAAAGUUAAGGAAA